CACAACCAAAUGCACAGACGUCUGUGGAGAAGGCUUCAAAGGAAAAUCUUGCUUAAAGAUAUGCUUCGUCCGAGUGUAUCCCAAAGGACAUCCUGAAAGGGCAGUAAGGAUAUACGCCAUAAUGGACGAUCAGAGCAACAAGUCUUUGGUAAGGUCAGAGUUCUUUGAUCAGCUAAGUGUAUGUGAGAAUUCUUUCCAUACACGAUCAGAACAUGCACAGGACUGAUGGAGACAGCGGAAAGAAACACGAGUGGCCUCAUGGUGGAAACUAUGGAUAGCACCUACGUUGAUAGAGUGCAAUGAGAUACCGGACGACAGGAGUGAGAUUCCCAUGCCUGAAGUCGCACGUCACCACCCACACCUGAAGCCUAUAGCAGAGUUCAUCCCGCCAUUGGAUCACGGGGCACAGAUUUUACUUCUGCUUGGCAGGGACAUGCUGAGAGUCCACAAGGUUCACGAUCAAUGCAACGGACCUCAUGACGCUCCCUAUGCCGAGAGACUUGACCUAGGAUGGGUCAUCGUAGGUGAUGUCUGUCUCGAUGGAACACACAAACCUGACCGCGUUAAAACAUUCAGAACAAGUGUGCAUGUCGCUCUUCAAAGUGUGCUCUAACCACUUCACGAUGAAAGAGAAACCCGAAGACAGAAAUCAAGGCUGUACCAUGCAGACUUAAGAAGAAACCACCACGCUGGCCACGACUUUGCUUGUACGUCCAACGUCUUCACUGGAUUUUGGUCCUUCACGUUUCUCCAAGCCAGUCCUGACUGACGGGAAGAAGGCAAAGAUGAAGCUGCUGCUUGUCACUCUGCUGGUGGUCAUGGCAGUGGUCGCUGUGGCCGUGACCUCUCCAUUCCUCGUCCCGGAGCUGUCGUCCAAGUGGGAAUCCUGGAAGGAGUUCCAUGGCAAGGCCUACGACCAGAAGGAGGAGGGCUGGAGGAGGAUGAUUUGGGGGAAGAACCUCAAGAAGAUCACAGUGUACAACCUUGAGCACUUCAUGGGCAAGCACACCUGGCGCUUGGGCAUGAACAGCUUCGGUGACAUGACUAGAGAGGGCUGGAACAGCACCAGCAAGGCCUCCCACGGUGCCACGUUCAUGGAGCCCACCUUCUUCAAGGCUCCUGAGUCCGUCGACUGGAGGAAGCAGGACUACGUCACCGAUGUCAAGGACCAGGGCGAAUGCAGCUCUUGCUGGGUGUUCAGCACCACGGGCACCCUCGAAGGGCAGCACAAGCACAAGACGGGAGUGCUUGUGUCACUGAGCGCUCCGGACAGUGCUUCUCCAGCUGGUGUCGCUUGUCGCAUCGUCUACGGUGACGGGCGGCCACAGGAGGUUUUGCCGAGGGGUGACGAGCAGAGGCUUCAGGAUGGAGCCUCUGAUGGUCCCCCUGCGGAGUCGACGGCUGCCAUUGCGGAUGCGGGAGAGUUGUCCGCCAUUACACACGCUAUGGAAACCACGCGGCGGGACGCCGCCAUCUUGGGUGGCGCUGUUGAGGCGCGGUUGGAGUCCGCCAUAUCUGAGGAGCCACGUGGUAUGCAGCCGGUGGGGGCUGCUGCUGUUGGACGGAACAGAGCCAGGUGCAGCCGCCGUUUUCCUCAGGUCAAGGAAUUCGUCGUUGCAGGCGGCGAUUGGAACGCCUUUACUUGGCGCUUCGAGGCGGCGUUCCGGUCAGUACACUGAUCGGAGGAAGAGGCGUUGGUCGCUCUGCCGACCAUUUUGGGUGACGAUGCGCUGGCGGUAUUUCGAUAGAUUCCUCCUGAGAAGAAGAAAACGUUGAAGGAUGUGUAUGCGGAAAUGGCUGAGGUCUAUGAACCACCUUCCGAUACUCAACUAAAGUUCAUGCAGCGUAGGCGGGGAAAUUCCGAAUCCCCCCUUGCCUACCGUAGCACUUUGAUGAGUUGGCUGUGGCCGCUUACCCCGAUUUUAAGCAAGAAGUCCUCGACUCGCUGAUUAUGGAAAGAAUGCUAGCUUUGGCAAGCGACAUGCGGGUGGUUCUACCUGCUUGCGGUCAAGCAAUCCAGGACGAGAACCUUCGGCGUUGGACGCAAAUGGCUGCAUGGACUGGGGAUCCUAUUCGCAGUGGUGAGCCGAUGGGUUGGUCUCCAACUAAAGUCGUCCACAAUCUGGACAAUGUGCCUUCGGAGGGUGAUCUUGUGGUGGCUGUUCCUCGUUGGGAUCGACAUCGGGGCGACAUUCAAUGUCGCCGGGGGUUCUACGGCCCACGUUGUCGUCCGACCAACGCAGGGAGUUGCGUGCACUUCUGAGUGAACUUGCUGACGUUUGCAGUAAGGAUGAUUUCCAUUUGGGACGUACGUCCCUUUUGUCCCACCACAUUGAUAUGGGUGAGGCCAGCCCUAUUCAUCAGAACUCGCAUCGGUUGAGCCCUGGGGAGAAGGAAUGUGUGCAGCGCGCUGUGAAUGAUAUGCUGGCCGCUGAUAUAAUUUCCCUGUCUAACAGUCCUUGGGGUGCGCCGGUCGUACUUGUUAAGAAAAAGUACGUGAAUCUCAGAUUUUGCGUGGACUUUUGCAAACUGAAUAAAGUUUUAGUGGCCGACGCAUAUCCGCUCCCAUGUAUGGAUGACUCCCUAGAUGUGUUGUCCGGAGCACGGUAUUUCUCGACUCUUGCUUUGUCUUUCUGGUUUGGCAAUUGCCCCUGGAUGACUCAUCGAAACCGAAGACUGCAUUCCGCACACCUCAGGGACUCUUUCAAUUCAAUUGCCUUCCGAUGGGGUUGAAUUUAGCUCCCGCCACAUUCCAACGCUUGAUGGAGCUCGCCUUAGCUGGCUUGCAGUGGGACACUUGUCUCAUUUAUCUGGAAAAUAUAAUUGUGUUUCGUCACAUGUUCGAUGAACACCUUCGACGCCUGCGCGCCGUUUUUGAGAGGAUGCGCUCCGCUAACCUCAGGUUUCAAACUGAAAAAUUUCAUCUAUUGCAAC